AAAAAGGAAAAUCCUCUCGAACACCUACGGUUUCUGGGAGUUUUAGGCCCCAGGUUCGCCAUGGAUGAUGAGCCUCUCCUCUCCACUCCAGGACGGCCGGAGACGUCGACGGUCAGGAGAGAAUUCCCUUCGGGUUUCCUUGAUCUCAACCUCGGCAGCCUCAGCACGCCGAGGCGGCAGUCCACCGCCCGCCUCAUAACAAACGAUGCAAUCAUCCCCAUAAUCACGACGCCCCACUCUUCUUCCUUUGUGAAUCUCAUCGCCAACUUGACCAACAAGAGACGAGUCAGACGACAAGCCCAUCGCUCGCACUCAGCUCCUUCUGUGCUCACCUUCCAUAGGGGGACCAUCAUCGACGAGGAGGAUCCCCGGUCGCCCCCUAAAUCGACCCCCGUGAUUGUCCGGCAAGCCUUCAUAUGCUUCGUCUUGUACGUAAUAGCGGGCAUUGUGGUAUACGUGACGAGCGGGAGUUUCAAAGGCACGACCACCGUCAAACCAGUCGAUGCUCUGUACUUCACUGUGGUCACUCUUUGCACGAUUGGCUUUGGCGACAUCGUCCCUGACACCACAUUCACGAAGCUGUUCACUUGUGCUUUCAUACUGGUCGGCUUUGGAUUUGUUGAUAUCCUGCUUAACGGCAUGGUCGGCUACAUCUGCGAUCGGCAAGAGGCGGUUUUGCUGAGCACUGUGGAUCAGAACAAGUUCAAUGCGAUGGUUAGGACUUAUAUGAUCGACAAAGAGAAGGGAAGGAUGAGAAUUAGGAUGAAAGUGUGCGUGGCUUUGGCAGUUGUGACUAGUUGCAUAGCUAUAGGGACUAUUGUCGUGCAUUUCAUAGAGGAAUUGACCUGGGUAGACAGUUUUUACCUGUCUGUUACAUCGGUCACGACAGUCGGUUAUGGGGACUACGCAUUCACGACCUUGGCAGGAAGAUGUUUCGCCAUAAUUUGGCUACUGGUAAGCACAUUGGCAGUUGCCAGGGCUUUUUUAUACCUGACUGAGCUGAGGAUCGACAGGAGGAAUCGGAGAAUCGCGAAGUGGGUUCUGCAGAAGAAGAUGACCCUUGGGGAUCUAGUUGCUGCAGACCUUGAUAACGACGGAUCUAUCAGCAAAGCUGAGUAUGUUGUAUACAAGCUUAAAGAGAUGGGUAAAAUAGCUGAAAAGGACAUUGCACCGAUCUGCAACCAAUUUGACAUUUUAGACGACAGCAACUGCGGCAAAAUCACACUUGCUGAUCUUAUGGAAAGUGACUGAACCACACAUUGAAUAACAAUCAACAUGACAAAUUUCUACCUUCACGCUCCUUGGGAGCAAACCCUUGCUCUUUACAACCAGAGUGCAUGGAAUUGAAGGUUGGGUGACCUCUAUACAUCAAGUCCUACACCAUAUGAAGUUGGACAAGGAUUAUGAUUGGAACGCUUCCCCCCAUUUUCAGACAAAGAUGAGCAGAGACUUCAAACUGAAGCCAGCUAUUCAAUAAUUGUUUCAAUGAAGUCAGCUCUCAGCUCCCUAUCCAGAUUGAAGACCAAGAUCAACGUAUAUAGUGUAUAGAGGAGGAUAAAUACUCAGUCUGCUGUUCAUUAGUUGUUUAUGCAAUCAGUUUAGACAACGUAGUGGCCAAUCAAUUAAUAGAUCACGGAAGCUCUGUCUGCUGGUAGCUAUUCUUUCACGCGAGGAGCCACACGAUCUAUUUUAGGCUAUCGCUGCUAUUUUGAUUCUCAUGUGAUGCUCAUAGAAGUAUCACCUGUACAGGCAGUUUUUACAGAUAUGUAGGAGGAGAAACUGUUCUGCGUAUAAAGACAUGUUACCCCCUCAGGAAUACUCUGGUCACUUUUAAAGAACAGAAGUAUGAGGGAAAUGAUUUUGAAGAGAUUUGUGCUAUAUAAUAUACGAUCAUCUGCCUCUC